ACUUCGCACUGAGCUCGAGAAGGGAGAAAAAACAACUGAGGAAGAAUGGCGAAUCAAACUCCAGAAAGCAAUCAACCGUCGAAUACGCAGACCUACGGCUUCCCGAUCUACGCCGCCGACUGGAUCCCCGAAGAAACCGUCAGAUCGAAAAUCGACAAGGAUCAGGACAAUUCCGAAGAUGUCGGCGGCGAGUCUUCGUCGUCGACCUCCCGGAGCUGCAUCGUUCUGGCCGGAGGAGGUGGAGAGGGAAGAAGCGGGAUCAAGAAUGUCAUCGUAAUCUGUCUUGUUGAUCUCGACACCAAAUCUCUCUCUGAACAACCUCUUGGUAGGAUUGUGCUUGGUACUGAUCUGCCUUACAGGAUGGCUGUUCAUCCUCGUGGAGGUGGUCUUGUUUGCGCAUUGCCUAACAGUUGCAAACGGUUUGAUUGGGAGAGCAUUAUAAGUCCUAGAGAGGGUGAUCAGGGUGGUGAAGAGGGAGAGGAAGUGAUUAAUGAGUUGAAAGACGUUGGACAGCAGUUAGCUUUGGCGUUUAAUCAGGAAGGGUCUGUGCUUGCUGCUGGUGGGGAGGAUGGGACUUUGAGGAUUUUUGAAUGGCCUUGUAUGAAAACGUUACUUGAUGAGUCUAAGGCACAUGCAUCAGUGAAAAACUUAACUUUCAGCGAAAGUGGUAAGUUUCUUGUAUCUCUUGGAGGUCCACUUUGUCGGGUUUGGGACGUAAAUACUUCUGCUGCCAUUGCCAGUCUAUCAAAGGAGAAGGAUGAGAUGUUUGCCUACUGCAGAUUCUCCGUCGACAAUGCAGGCAAUGAAGUUCUUUACAUUGCUGCAAACACUGAACGUGGUGGGAGUAUUAUAACAUGGGAUACAACAACAUGGAAAAGAAGACGUUCAAAGCUUAUGAAAAACUACUCUAUAUCUGCCUUUAAUGUCUCAGCUGAUGGGAAGCUUCUUGCACUCGGAAACAUGGAAGGGGAUGUUUUGAUAAUUGAUUCAACAAAAAUGAAGACUCACCAAUUGGUAAAGAAAGCUCAUCUCGGUUUGGUCACCGCACUGACUUUCUCCCCUGAUUCAAGGUGCUUAGUGUCGGUAUCUUUUGACUCAAGGGCAAAGCUAACUGUCAUUGAAAAAACGCCUGAAAAACAGGGAGUAAACUGGCUGGUGAUGUUGUUGUUGUGCGUGUUGCUAUACGUGGUUUCCUAUUAUUUCUUGAUGGCAAAGGGGAUCAUAGGCAAAGAAAAUAGCCUCUAAGUGACCCCACAAGACGAUACAUCCGAAUGGCUUGAAACCCCAACGUAUCUUAUGCUCUCUCUCUCUCUUUUUUUAGCCAUAGCUUUUUGCGUUUGUGUUGUGAGAAAAAUUCGAAGGGGUUCUUCCUCACCUUUACGAGAAACUCGAUUGCUUUUUUAUGUCAUAAUAAUGUAAACUAACACUGUAAGCAGUAAACUACGAUAUUAUAUGUUUCAACGAAACCCUUUUAUGUUU